AUGCCUCCCAAAUUCGACCCCGGCGAGAUUAAAGUUGUGUACAUGAGGUGCACAGGAGGAGAGGUCGGCGCUACAUCAGCCUUGGCUCCCAAAAUUGGGCCCUUGGGUCUGUCUCCCAAGAAAGUCGGCGAUGACAUUGCCAAGGCCACCGGUGACUGGAAGGGCCUGAGGAUCACCGUGAAGCUGACUAUCCAGAACAGACAGGCAGCGAUUGAGGUGGUUCCCUCUGCUUCUGCACUCAUCAUCAAAGCUCUGAAGGAGCCCCCUCGUGACAGGAAGAAGGUCAAGAACAUCAAGCACAGCGGAAGUGUGACUUUUGAUGACAUCGUGGGCGUCGCUCGUGUCAUGCGUCCUCGUUCCAUUGCCAGAGAGCUGUCUGGAACUAUCAAGGAAAUUCUGGGCACCGCUCAGUCUGUUGGCUGCACCAUCGAUGGUCGUCCUCCUCACGACGUCAUAGAUGACAUCAACAGUGGCAAAAUUGAGUGCCCAUCUGAGUAA